UGGGUGUAAACAGGAAGAACACUGGGAAAAAAACGGAGCAAAUCCACCAGAAAGAGACCAUCGUAGGCUCGGAUUAAACCAAAAAAAAUGUACUGCGGUUCAUUUUAUAUUCACACCCUGAAUUCAUUUUGUAAACUCUGAUCGAGAUUCCGAUUAAAUUAGGCGCGAAUAGGUGUGGAUAUUUGGCUCGCUGAAAUCCGAGGUUUUCUCCUGCUGUCUGCUUCGACCGUGACGCGAUUGACUUGCUCGACAUUCCCUUUCACAAACAAACAAACUGUGCUUUUCAAGUUUUUUUCCACGCGUCUCUGAGUGGGUUUCUACCAUUUAAAAAAAAUGGUCCAAAAAGAUAAGACGCUGGAGACGACACCGGUGGAAGACGAACCGAGCCCCAGCCCAGUCUCGGGAGAGGCUUGUGCCACCGGUGCCGGCCUGUUGGAAGAGUCCGCCGGCAUCAGCGUGGAAGCAAUGGGCCACAGAAAAUUCAUCAGUGGAGUGGUGGAAGGCUUUUAUGGACGACCGUGGACAAUGGAACAGAGGAAAGAGUUGUUCAGGAGGCAGCAGAAAUGGGGACUAAAUACGUAUCUUUAUGCUCCCAAAGAUGACUACAAACACAGAAUGUUCUGGAGGGAAUUAUACUCAGUGGAGGAAGCAGAGCAACUUAUGACUCUAAUUGGAUCAGCCAAAGAGUACGGCAUUGAGUUCAUUUAUGCCAUUUCACCUGGACUUGAUAUCACUUUCUCCAAUCAGAAAGAGGUCACAGCACUCAAGAGGAAACUGGACCAGGUGACACACUUUGGUUGCAAAUCAUUUGCCUUACUUUUUGACGACAUCGACCACAACAUGUGCCCAGCCGAUAAGGAGGUGUUCAGCUCAUUUGCACACGCUCAGGUGUCCAUCACCAAUGAAAUCUACCAGUACCUUGGAGAGCCUGAAACUUUCCUCUUCUGUCCCACAGAGUACUGUGGAACCUUCUGCUACCCAAAUGUGUCUCAGUCUCCCUACCUCCACACAGUAGGAGAGAAGCUGCUGCCUGGUAUUGACAUUCUGUGGACAGGACCCAAAGUGGUAUCCAAAGACAUCACAGUGGAGUCUAUAGAGGAAGUUUCUAAGAUUUUGAGAAGAGCCCCCGUGAUCUGGGACAACAUACAUGCCAAUGACUACGACCAAAAGCGGCUCUUCUUGGGUCCUUACAAGGGCCGAUCCACAGAACUCAUCCCCAGACUAAAGGGAGUCCUAACCAACCCCAAUUGCGAGUUUGAGUCCAACUUUGUUGCCAUUCACACUUUGGCCACCUGGUAUAAGUCUAAUAUGAAUGGAGUGCGCAAAGAUGUCGUCAUGACGGACGGUGAGGACAGCACAGUUUCUAUCCAGAUUAAGUUGGAGAAUGAGGGCAGUGAUGAAGAACUGGAGACAGACAUGCUGUACAGCCCCCAGCUCGCCCUGAAACUGGCUCUCACCGAGUGGCUUGGGGACUUUGUCGUGCCUCAUCAAUACAACAGCCGACAGGUGCCUCAGAGCGGUGCCAAAAGUACAGUCAUCGACGUGUCCUCCAUGGCCCCUCCCUCUCUUUGCUCCGCUACCACGGUGACAACUGUGUUUCAGCAGCCCAUAAUGUCUGCAGCCAUGCCGCCUCACCUACUGGAACCUCACUCCAUGGCAAAAACAUCCGAGCAGGAAGAGGAGGUAGUGGAGAAGAAGGAUUCCGAUGACGAGCCCAUGGAGAUGGUGGUGGAAAAGCAGGAGGAGACUGACGCACAAGUAGUCACAGAGCAGAAACUUGAAGGCCCAAUCUUGGCUGACAAGAUGGCAGAAGAUCUAAAGCCCAUGGACACAGACAAGGAGAGCUUGGCAGAGUCCAAAUCUUCCGAAGAAUCCAUACAGGAGGAUUCUGGGAGUGAUAUUGCCCCCAUGCAGACUGAUGAUCAGCUCAAACAGGAGGUGUUUGUACCAGGUCCCAAUGAGAAGCCGCUGUUCACCGUGGAGCCGCUCUCUAUCGAUGACCUAUGCCUGCUUGCAGAACUCUUUUACCUGCCUUACGAGCAUGGCCCCAAGGCAAUGCAAAUGUUGAAAGAGUUUAACUGGCUGAGAGCCAACAGCAGUGUCGUCAGCGUCAACCGCAAGAUGAAAGAAGAUGAGAAGGUUGCAGAAUGGCAGUUGAGGGCAGAAAAGUUUGAGGACAUGUGCUGCUCGGUCAUCCAGAUGUUCACACGUCUGUCCAAUUCGGCCAAUCGCACCAUCCUGUAUGACCUUUACCCUUACAUCUGGGACAUCAAGAGCAUCAUUUCUAUGGUCAAGUCCUUUGUCCAGUGGCUAGAUGGAAGAAUCCACAGUACAAGUUUCUACUGCUAUUGGAUCGACAGUGGCCGAUGGUGUCGUAGUCAGUCCUCAGCACAAUUCCCUAAAGGAGACCAAGAGCCGUGGGCCUUUAGGGGAGGUCUAGCAGGAGAGUUCCAGAGAUUAUUGCCGAUAGAUGGGGCAAACGAUCUCUUCUACCAGCCUCCACCAUCACUGCCAACCUCCAAAAUCUAUUCGAUAAGGCCCUACUUUGCUAAAGAUGAGGCUUCGGUGUAUAAAAUCUGUAAAGAAAUGUACUAUGAAGGAAUGGAGGAUGCGCCUUCCUCUGAGCAGGAAUCUGACCUCAUUGGUGACAAGUUGGUUGGAGGUCUUCUGUCUCUGAGCCCAGACUACGGUUUUGUGCUGGAAGAUGAUGAAGGCAUCUGCGGCUAUGCUCUGGGCACCGUGGACGUCAACCCCUUUAUCAAGAAAUGUGAGAUUAGCUGGAUUCCUUUCAUGCAAGAGAAGUACCACAAACCUGAUGGUCAAAAAGAACUCACGGAGGCUGAGAAGAUGAUUUUGAGUUUCCAUGAGGAAGAGGAGGGUCUUCCAGAAUCGUUUCUGUCCAACUUCCCCUCCCUCAUCAAGGUUGACAUCCAUGCCAAGGUCACUGAUCCCAGUGUGGCCAAAAGCAUGAUGGGAUGUCUGUUAUCUUCUCUUAAGGCCAACGGCUCCCAAGGUGCUUUCUGUAAGGUUCGCCAGACUGAUAAGAGAAUGUUGGACUUCUACAGUAAGCUUGGAUGCUUUGAGGUGGCCAAGAUGGAGGGCUUUCCCAAAGAUGUCAUCAUAAUGGGCCGAAGCUUAUGAGGAAAUGUUAUGAGUACAGACUGAGAGAUUGAUUGCAAGCAGCAGUCAACACAAAACCUUCAUGAGACACAACUUUCAUGAUGGUUUCGAUGCUAAAUGACUGUGCUUGCAGGAACACCUGUUUGUUUUAAGCACUGCGAAUCCCUGUUGUAGGAUGAUGGCAAGCCAACACGACCAGUUGAGAUGAGCCAGCAUGGAAGAGUCUUUACAUCUGGAGCCCCAACACUCGUACACCACCAGGAGGCAGGAAGCGCCUCCUUUUUUUGCUGACUUAAUCCAGCAGCCAUCAUCACAUAGAUAUGACCCACAUGCCCUUGGCGAAAGUGUCAGCAUUACAAACACACAUGGAGCUGUGACAGGAGGGCAGCGCGUCCACUCGGACACGAUUCACAAUGUCACGUUCUCGCCGACUCAUCGCUGCGCCACAAUUACUCCACAGUUGACUUUAUUUGUACAGGAAAGUGGCGCUGAGAUGAAACACACAGAAUUUGAACUUGCAAGAUCAUCGCACACCAGAGUAGAUCUUUUAAGCGGUCUUCUUUCGAAGCAAUAGAGAAGUGCUCAUUUAUGCUCAACGCUUUGUUUUUGUUUUCUUGCGCUGGUGAACAUUUUGCCUUUUGGUUCUUUGCCUUUGAUUGUUUAGGAUUCUAACACAAGACCUCAGUGUCUUCUGUGUCACUGCCUUCUAAUGCUGAUACAAGGAGGCUUUGGUGAUUUUGGAAAUUGUCUCUCAGAAGGCCUCCAUUUAUGUAAAAUUACACAUUGACUUAAUUUAUGGAAUUCUUUCUUUUUCAUUAUAAAUUUUUUGGUUAUUGUUUUGCUCUUCCCCCAAUUGUUUACUGAUCUAAAUCAGGGGUGAGGGAUCUUGUUUCCUAUGACGGACGAGUUCACUUUUUAUUAAGUCCUUCGAGUGGCAUACUACAUUUGUGGGAAAAAAUACAAUGCAACAAGAAAACCUGUUUAUCAUAAGGUAAUAUGAUCAUUUGUGGGUGGAAUGUUUUGGCAGUUCCUCUGAGGUUGUAUUUGUUUCUAGAAUCGCAUGGUGGAAAGCUUUCAAGGCCUGCAUAUGGGCCACAGGCUGUAGGUCCUCCACCCCUGUUCUAAAAUUAUAAAAUUUACCACGGGACCAAAAAUCUGUCAAGUUCCAACCCCCUUUAUUGUAGAAAACAUGCAGCUUUUUACAUUGGAAUAACUGCUCAGUUCCUUCCCGACCACUUUAUCAUUACCUGGUGGGCACAUCAGCGGGUUAUGUGGGCUGCGGAAUAUUUCACAUUGCGAAAUAAUCCUUUUCCAUGCUGAGUUGCCUCGUGCCCAGGACUGUUGCUUUGGCAUUAAUGGCUGCAGCUCAGCACCCAUAGGAGUGAUCUGGUUGUUCUGUCACCAAAGUGGCACUUUAGGUUGUUUUUUUUCUGUCUAAUUCAUGUUGAAUGUGUUGCCUUCUGAUGUAUUUCUCAAGUUUGUUGUAAAAACCUAUAUAGUGAAGAAACAAGCACUUUGGUUAAAAAAAAUAAAAAGUUGUUAAAAAAAAUUCUGUUACACUUUAGCGGGUCAUGGUAGUCAUUUGGGAUAACUUAUAACAAGCCACAUAGAUGAAGAUGCAUGCCACUCACCUCUGUGAGCGUGAUACUGUAGGUACAGGUAUUAAACGCUGUCAAUAAGUUAUUUUGUAUACCUUUAUUGAAAUGGUGUCAGGCAUUCUGUUUGGCUUGAAGGAAAAGAAAACUUACUGAUCCCUUUCCUCAACAGCUACUCUUCGAAAGUCACCGUUUGAGAUGAACGUAGACUUAUUUUCACGCUUGUCACAUGAUUUUAGUCCCCGUUUGAUGGCGUUUUCUCCUCUUGACACUGAUGGGUUGUGACUGAGUGAAAGGGCUCAUAUUGUGUUGUACAUUUUCAUUAAUGCAAGUUUAGGGGCAGUUUACAACAUGUAAAAUUUGUAAGAUUCAUAAUGUUGACAAUUAA